AUGGAGAGCUCUGACGAUGAAAUGGACAUUAUCGAGCGUGCCCCACCCAGGUCCCGUGUACCACCGAGCAAAGAUUUAGUCUUCAACGAACGGGACCAAGGUCUAGACGAUGAUUCUGAAGAAAUCUUAACUUCUGAUCCGGAAGAACUUGCCGAGAUACUAGCUAAUCGCUCUCUCGAAAAGUAUAUCAAGGAGAAAUCUGGUCCUUCCAGUCCUGAUGUAAUUCAUCCGAAUCGGGAGAUUAUUGAGAAUGGCUCUCAAGAGCAGAAUUUUGAUACAAGCUUGCCUAAAGUAAACUUGUCGAACUCAUUACCUUCGUUGGGAUCAAUACGCUCCCCGCCUCGAGAUGCUUCGCAAACGUCUAGCCCUACUCAAGCAUCGCAAUCCUCCGUGGAUAGCAUGACGCAGUAUACAUAUGAUAACAACGCCGAAGCCCCAAGCACUCCACAGCCAGCCCCUCCGAAUUCAUCACCGAAUUCGACUAGGAUCAGGUAUUCCCCUCCUGACUACCUCCAGUAUUCUUUACGGCGCACCCCAGACCAUAGUGGGACAACUAAACAAACGAAUCCAGAAGGUGAUCCAUUGGCGAACUCUCCCCGAACGGAGGAUCAUUCUCGGAUCGAGUCCACUCGACCGCUAAGUCCAAUGUCCUUGGACGAACCGCACCUCUCUUCUCAACUUUCUCGCGCCUCAUCGCCCACUUUACCUUCGCCCACUCAAUCUUCACCAGCACCGAUACUUCAUCCACAAAAUGAGCCAUCGACAAACGACAACCAAACUCCAGCGCUUUCUCCGACUCGUUUGGUCAACAUGAUGAGAGGGGACAUGUCUGCUGACAUUGUCGAAGCACAAGGCGUCCCAGAUGAACUGCACAUCCCCGUUCAUGGUCGAACUCUCCGUACUCGCACCGCUCGACAACAGCAUCCAUAUGCGAUCGAGUAUGCUCAGUACAGACGCACAAUGCUCCAAGCGGGCUUGAAUGAUGCUAUCAUACGGCCACAAGUGCGCGAUUCUCAAGAUCCUCAAGGUGUCAUUCAUGCAAAACACCCCAGGCCUUUGGAUCCAGAAAUGAGAGAAUUUAUUGUCCCCGAGGAUGAAGAAUCUCAGGAUUUGUACGUUCCUCCCCCUUCUCCCCAACACGAAAGGCGAAACACCAGGGACGAGCAACCUACGGUGAACAUGGAUGAUCUGCUCGCAGGUUUUGGUGGAGCUCUGUCUGACGACGAUACGCCAACUAGAAGAGCCGCCAGAAAAGACAAGGGAAAGGAAAACGCGGGAUCGAGCCCAAAGAGGGCACCCUUAAAGCCGAAACCUUUCCCGCUGAACGCGAAAUCUGUAACAGCUGAUGAAGCUCGCCGGUCGCCGAGUCCAAUUACGCGAAAGCAUGUCGCCCCAUCCACGCUGACUCCUCGCAUUCCUCAAAGUGAUCGGUUCAGAAGAUCUCCAGGGUCCAGCUCGAGCGAUUCUAACAUACUACCCGAGUCCGACAACGACUCUGAUUCAUCGGCUACCGUCUCUAGCUCAGGUUUAUCCGAUUCAUUGGAGCGAAAAAGAAUGCGAAUUCUCAAUAGAAUGAUGCCUGCUGCUUGGGUUCGAAGACAAGCAGAACGAAUAGAAGCUAAACGGGACAAGACAUUGAACCCUCCAAAGCGACAGACAUUACCACAGACCGGAGGCACCAAACGAAACCUUGCUAACUUACAGCGACCGCUUGUACUCCUUGGAGACUCUGAAAGUGAAGACGAUGAUAGCACAAUGAAACAAGAGGAUGACCAACUCAACAUUCCCCCCUCUCCAGUGACUCACUCUAUGGACCGAUCUCCAGCACCCGCCCCCCUCCGUCGGCGCCAGCGUAAAACUCAGGUUCUUUCAGAUGAUAACGAUGGCGAUAUUGUCGAGAUAUCCUCUUCAGAUGAGCGCUCCAUUUCAUCAAGUGCCAUAGUGCCGAAGCAUAUGGAUGACGAUGAAAUAUCUUCCUGGUUGACGAGAAGGAGCCCAGUGCGAUCAGGUGUUGGUGGAGAUCUUAUAAACCGUAUGCUCAGUAGAACUGGAGAAUUUUCGCGAAACACCAAACCUACGCCCAAGAAACGAGCAGGAUACAAGCAAGAUGGAACAAAAAUGAAGCAGGCGAAGCUCACAUCGAUGUUUCGCGCCUCCAGUCAAGACGGAGUUAUCGAACUUUCCUCUGAAGACGACAGGCCGCGUGCGAAACGUACAAGCGUUCGGAUCCAUCUCGACAUAAGCAGAAAUCAAGGGCACAAGAGUUCCCAAGCCCGGCGGACUUUCACCAUACGCGGAGAUUGGGCAGACCUUCUCGAUGGGACGGUAGCUCCUACGGCCAACACUCAAAAAGCCAAAGACAAAAAAUCUGCAUAUAACCGGACUGCAUCCACCAGCAAUUUGCAUAUUCGAGAGGGGCCUGGUUCUGCAACACAAAACAGCGGGGCCGGCGAGCGGCCUCAACAUACACGCUCAUUCGAUCACAAAACGGUUUCCACAGACUGCGGGAUACUUCCAUUUGUUCCGCAUACGAAAUUUGCUCCUUCGACUUACAUCGGACGUGGGUUUCUUCAAAACUUGCUGGAUGCGGUAACGACAGUUGAUACUCCGCCUGUUGAAGCGACUCCUGUCGUCGUUUUUGGAGAACAUUUGGAUGUUCGGAUCACAGGAUCUGAAUUUGUGGAGAAAGUACGUUAUUUGGUACUCAGAUGGACUGGCUGGCUACUUGGUCAAGAGAGCGAGACUGAGCUAAACGUCCAACGGAGUUUUCGCUACGUAGCGCUAAUGAUGACCCACAUUCUUGAAGGCUCAUCUAGUGUAACUCCGCUCAACUCUGAAUCGAUCUCGGUGUCUCUGGAUUUUUUGGAGGAAGAUGCAACGGAGAUCCUCGCAUUGAUUAACUCGGUCUCCCAAGGUGAUCCGGCUUUCAAGAUUCGACCAUCGAAUCAAGCAUCAAUUGGCUAUCAUUUCAUUGGUUUUUCGUUGAACUUGCCGCUCGUAUCGUUUGCGGCAAUCUUUGACUCUGCCGUCCAAGUUUUGAUUCGCGCUUUGCUGAGCUAUAGCAUUUCAGAUCGCCUUCAAUAUUCAUAUAGCUCGGUUAAUGAUCUCAACGAUCCCAUUCUCGAAAUAUGGGUAUGUCUGAUUUAUUUGGUCGAUGAAACCCGAGUUGCUGGUGCAGUCAAUUGGAAACCACUGUGGAUACAUGUCGAACACGUCCUAGAUACACCAACAUUUUCCCUCCCUUACAAAGUUUUUGAAAGCGAGAGGCGUUGGGAAUACAUUUUCGCCUUUUCAGCACUCAAUAUGUUCUCGAGCCAAACUGGCCGAUUAAUGCCGUCACAUCCACCUAUCUCGCGUUGGGCAUGGGUUUGCAAAACCAUUAAGGACGUUCGGCUCAAAGAAGACAGCAAUAUUGCUGGAGCAAGCGCCAGGCAACAACGAAUUGACUUCUAUGUGCGCACGGUAAUGGCUCGGUGCUGGCUCUUGCAUACAAUGUGGGGUUGGAAUUACCAGCAUUACGACCGUCUUUUCACGCUUAUCUAUCCUAUAUUCCAAUCUCGAAAGUUAGCCAAAUUGAAGGACGAAAAGACCGAUUUUCCUCCCUUUAUUCGCCACCUAGAUCUUGAAAGCCUAGAUCGCUUCAGCAACGGCGACUCUGCAUGGAGCAUUUUCUUGAAGAUAUUUCGCCGUGCUAUUGUUGACAAUCCCGGUGGUGCGCGUAAGCUAUAUUCAACAUGUAUGCCCAUCGGAGUAUUGAAUUUUACGGACGAGAACCCGGCCACCGACAUGGACCUUUCUCGGCUUUUAAAUCGAUUCGCCAUUCUCUUGGUAAUCCUAAUCACCGAGCCCACUCAAGACCGCGCAGUGGAUUGCGCCAAGAGGAUACAAGCUCUAAUUCCAUUCCAUACUGCAGAUAUGCGCUCGCGCGAAGCAUGUAUUCGCGCUUUUCAAUACGCCGGUCUCCUGCUCAAAUUCUACAAACUGGAUUUUGCCCCGCUCGCUUCCUGGAUGCGUAACAUGGUGACUUCAUUGCAAGAGGGCAUGAAAAAGGCCACGUCACUUCCUCAGCGUAACCGUCUCGCAGUCUUGGUAUUAUGCUUACUUCGUGGCGUUUCCGCUGUCGUCAGCACAGCGGGCUUCGAUCGGGAUACUACGCUUGAAUACCCCGAGACUGGACUCCUUAUUCCAGAACUUUUUCAAUUGAUAUUUCAGGUGGACAUGAAGAGUAAUCCGGCCGCCCGACGAGAGAUAAGGCUUUUCUUGGAAGCUUUUUGCAAUGCUCGUGAGGCGUUUAUUGCACGACUUCCCCCAAAGCCCAUCCCACCCAUUGUUCAAGAUGAAGAGAGCCAAGAAAGCUACGGGUUUAACGAUUUCGAACUCGAUUUGAAUGAUCCAGAUGUGCUAGCUGGCUUAGACGCGGCCGAAGGAGAUGAGGUGCUCCCAACAAAUAACCCAGAUCCCCUAAUAACAAAAGAGAGGAACUUUGCGGAACUCGUCAGGACUACCAUUUCCCCUGUCAUUUUCGAAAAUGUGAUCCUCGGGCUCGGACUUGACGACCGCCGAUUGUCGGUGGCCCCGGAACGCGAAAACGACCAAAGUGAAGAAUAUGCUUGGGUCAAAGUUUGGGUUAGCUGUGUUAAGAUUGUCGUAGAGAAUCACCAAAAAACUUGGUGGGAUCAUCUUGGCAAUUGGGGUGGUGCACACCAAGAACGGAUUUCACGAAUAAUCGACGUCGGUGCCGAACGACGUGUGCGUAUACAAUUCUGCUACCUUGCUAUGAAGUGCGCCCCAAACCUAGUCCGACAGGCCAGUAGGGAACAAAAACAUCUGCUUAUAUUGCCGUGGUUUCAAUGCCUGCCUCACCAUCGAUACACUGUGGAGCACAAGUACACAGCUUUGAUAUGCGACCGUGGGUUGACUUCUAAUCCCAUCCUGGAGGGGCUGCCGUGCCGAUCAAACGACAAAGGCGAGCACUAUGUUCUCAGCACUGAAUUAAUGGCAGAGCGCCUUGAAUACGUCCGCCGAGUUCUGGGGAACUUGAAUAAGUUAGCGAGAGAUGAUGAAGGCAAUCCCAUGUCCACGCAUGUAACACGGGGGCGAGAGUAUAUUGCUAAAUUCUUCGAAACAAUGAAGCAUACCUGGGAGUAUUUGGGACGGCCAUUAGCGUUCUCGGCUGACUGCGGUUUGGUUCCCUCGUACUUGGAAUUUUGCAACGAUGUCAGGAGAAUUACGGGAGAACUCUUACUUGAGGCUUCGGUCAAAGACAUGUCUCUUCGGCUUUCUUGGGUUCCUCGACGUUUGUAA